AUGAGAUCUGGGGAUACGGUACCUCCGGUUACCCAGCGUGUGACCGAGAAUGGAGCCAGCGUUGAGGUCAAUUACCUCACAGAUGCCACUUCAGCAAACGCCCUUGUCAACGAGAUUGGUCCAAACCGAGCUCUAGCCAUACAGGCGGAUGUGUCCAAAGUGGACAGCAUUCGCCAUCUCGUCUGGACAGCCAUGGCCAGAUUUGGCCAUGGCGAUGUGGUGAUUCUCAAUGCCGGCAUGCUUCUCACGAGAGAUCUCGAUGGCACCAGUGAAGCAGACUUUGACACCUGUUUUGCACUCAAACUCAAAGAACCGACUUCUUGGUCCUAG